GUGUUCAGUCAGAAGCCGGGUGAGAGGGAGACGGGAGGAAAGGAAGGGAGGAGGAGGUGAGGGGACGAAAGAACUCAGCUGAGUCUGGAGGGCAGAAACAUUUGGGUGAGGUGUGAGCCGUUGAAGCCUCUAUUGGUGUAUGUGCGGUAACAACAUGUCUGUCCCCCUCCUCGCCGAUGCCGUGACCGUUUCAGGGGCAGAGCGGGAGACUGCAGCGGUCAUUUUUUUACAUGGGCUUGGAGACACAGGGCACAGCUGGGCUGAAGCCCUGUCUACCAUUCGGCUCCCUUAUGUGAAAUACAUCUGCCCUCAUGCGCCCAGGAUCCCUGUCACACUCAACAUGAAGAUGGUCAUGCCAUCCUGGUUUGACUUGAUGGGGCUAAGUCCAGAUGCACCUGAAGAUGAAACUGGAAUUAAAAAGGCUGCUGAGAACAUUAAAGCAGUCAUCGAGCAUGAGGUAAAGAAUGGAAUCCCAGCCAACCGCAUCAUCCUGGGAGGCUUUUCACAGGGUGGUGCACUCUCUCUCUACACAGCUCUCACUUCCGCGCACCAGUUGGCUGGCAUCGUGGCCCUCAGUUGCUGGCUUCCCCUGCACAAGUCCUUCCCUCAGGCAGCAAACAAUGGUGUGAACAAAGACAUACCCAUUCUUCAAUGUCAUGGUGAGAUGGACCCCAUGAUCCCAGUGCGUUUCGGGGCUCUCACCGCUGAGAAACUCAAGUGUGUCGUAACCCCAAGCAAGGUCCAGUUCAGAACUUAUCCAGGACUGAUGCACAGCUCCUGCCCUCAGGAGAUGGCGGCUGUGAAAGAAUUCAUCGAGAAGCUGCUGCCCAGGAUUUAAAUGGAGCUACUCAAGACUGUUGCAGGGAGAGGAGGCCAAAGGUCACCACCUCCGAUCUUUAACCCUUGACCUGUCAGUUGCAUUUGGAAGCCAUGACGAUCCACCUCACUCCAGUUGGUUUCCUUUCUCCGACCCUUCCCUUCCUCCUGCACCUGCCCUUCCUUUUGCAGGAGGGGCAUCUCCUGUAUGCAGAGUGAAGGGCUGUAGCUGGUUUUAAGGUACAAGCCAAGAUCCAUUUGGCUGCCUUUUUGCAAAUUAGUGGGUUUGGGCGGGGAGUCGUCCAGUUUGUGUCUUUCCCUCUCCCCCUUCAAUUGCUUGCUGCGGCAGUUAACUGGGUGGCAGCCAAAAAAGCAAAAGGUAUUUUAGGAGACUUACUUCUUUUGCAGUAUUCGUGGGGUGAUUCAGUCAGCAGUCUGAGCUCCCUGAUGGGUUUACAGUACUUCCCACUUCCCUUUCUCUGUGGUGUGGAGAGUCCGUCCCGGCUUGUGUGCACUGGUUCUGCUGGAGUUGUGUCAGCAGUGCAGGCAGAGCUGGAGCUAGCACUCAACUUUUUUUCCCCUGGGCUGAAGAGGUAGUAAAAUUCUCCUGUUCUGCCCAGAGGAAAACACCACAGAGCCCUGUACCUUAAACUUUGCUCCAAAAAUACCCCCAGCACUGGCAGGAAGAGAGGCCUGUUGGUGGAGGCCUGUGGCUUGUCUUCCAGCCUCAUCCUGUUCCUGUCAACCCCAUGAGCAACAGCCAGAGUGUGCACGUGUCUCAGCAAGUGCUGGAAUUGAAGUUGUGGUGUUACUAUGGUGGAAUUGCUCUCACCUUCACUAGGAGUUUAUUCCUAAUGUGAUUCUUCUACACUCUUAACCACCUUUUCUUUCCCCAUCAUCUCCAGUACAGUCUCUUCCAUUCUAUUGGGCCCAUGUCAUUUCAUUGCUAUGCAGGUAGGGGCAGAGUUUGGGGGAGAUGGAAACACAGCGUGGGGCUGUCUGCAGCCUUCUGGGUAUCAAGAAGAUUGGAAGCAUACACACGUACCCCAGCGAUCACUGGCAGCUGCUCUUGCAGCUGGGACAGUGCCUCCAUGGUGAUUGCUUCUGUUGGCCAGUGGGGUGCCGAAGACAGCUGCUCAGUGUUCCUUUCCCCUUCCAUAUCAAACAGCUGCAAGCAGGGGGGGGGCGGGUUUGCAAUCAAGGAAGCCUCCCCUUAGCAGCGCCUCAGUUGUCGAUAGAUCUGCUAAGCACAGAGUUCUCUCCCAACCCGAACCCUUCCCUAGCCCUGGUGGCUGGCAACCAAGAUGGUUUUCUCCUUACUUUUUGUGACAAGCCCCCUCUUUCCCAGAGUAUUGGGCUCACAUUAUUUCCAGGAGCGGUGAUGGGGGCAGGGGGUGUCUGUGCUGUUGAACAGCAAAGGGCCCAUCCUUCUACACUCCUACAGUGUCCUCCAUCUGGGCUGACACCAGGAUUUGACAGCCAAGGACAGGGUGUCUCUUCUGAUUGAGGCUCUUCUUUUAUUCUCUGUGUUUUUGGUGAAGGGCUAUUUCUCUUGCUUCCUCCUCCAUUGUCUUUUUAUGUGGCCUAUGCCCCCUAUCUUUCUCCCCAUUGCACCAAACAGUCGGUUUGGGUUGUUGAGGAGCAGUAAAUGAGUGCUGGGUCCAUCCUAGUGCUCAACAGUUCUUUGGAAAUGGGUUGAGCUAAACAUAUAGCUGGGAGAGGUAGGGAGCACGGCUGUACCCCUGCAGAAUGCUGAUGCCCUCCUCCUUCCAGAAGACGGCCACCUUUUAUGGAGCUUGCGACACGGCACACUGACAGUCUUAAAAGUCUCUUCCCACUUUCCGUUUUCAAAGGACAAACAAGAGUGUGUGCUGCCGCCACCUGCAUCGCCUUGCCUUCAUUGGGCAUAAGUGACUUCCCCACAGGGUGGAAGCCUCUUGCUUCAGGCUGCUCCUUCUCGGGCACAUGGAGGGUCCCUAAACCCGUGUGUGUUUCCUUAGGCGGGUGAUAACAGCCAGCAUAUGUUCAUCUUUGGGAUUUGCACUGUCUCAGUCGUACCCUAGCUUGAGGCCAGGAAAGUUUACGUUUAUAUGGGCAGAAGGAAGUUUGAAGGUUGAGAUUGGGGGAGGGGGUGUUUGGGACAGGCUGGAGUUAUUCAGUGCAGCCUUUUUUUUAAUUCAUCUCCAGAUCCACAGGAAGCAAUAACCCUCUCAUAGCCAUAAGCUGUUUUAAAAAGGGUCUGUUUUUUUUACUGCUUUGAAAAAAAAUUCAGGCCUAGUCUACUUGUGUGCAACACAAUAAACUGGUAGAAUGUUCCACUUAACAUUGAAAUGGGGCAAAGGAUGCCAUUUUAAAACAUUCCCCUCACCCACAUUAAAAGGUUCCUCACAAUUUUUUUUUAAGAGAGCAAGCGCACACAAGGAAAAGAAGUUCUAGGUUACUCUAUUCCUUGCCUGCUACUUUUCUACUGGAAGGGAAUUUUUUUAAAUGUGUAUUAAAAAUGUGAUUUUCAUUCUGCUGCAUAAGUAGACCCAGCCUUAGCUUUGUACUCUGGAACGGACAUGGCAGAGGGAUUCAGUUUCUGCGCCAGAGGCUGGCCUGUUGCUGCUCCUCUCCUCUCCACCUGUGAAAUUUGGAUUGCUUUUGCAUAGCAGUUAUCCCACCAAGUGCUCUGCUGUUGCCUCAAGCUUGGCUGGACCUUUCUUAAAGCAGUUGGCAAAGCAGGGCUCGCAAAUUGUCGAUGUCCCUAAAGGUAUUGUUGAAUAUGGCCAAAAGGGGGGCGGGGGGCGGGGGAGGUGGCAGUUUAUUCCUCUAAAAAAAAUUUUCCCCUCCCCCUUCUCUUUUGUGUUCCUUGUACAUCAUUUUCUUUUCUAUGUUCUACUGUCGGAUAUGAGAUUAAACAGACACAACCA